UAUACUAUCACUCAAUGUCUACUCAACGGGCUGUAGCUUCUGGGGCAUCAAUGAGUUAAUGGGUGAAACUCGGUGUAUACCAAUGAGUUAAGGCUACCGUAGCCCUAUGACUCGAACAGGUUAAUGGGCAAUGCUGCUCAGACGACGCGUGGGGUCCCAUACUUGUUGAGAAGCUACUGCCUUUACAGCGUCGAGGUAACAGGCUCUUCGGUCACUCUAUGUCGCCUUGUCCAGUUUUAAACGUCUGCCUUUAAAUUGCAUCGACCCCUGCAGAGUGGCUACCUCGGGCAGCAGAAGCCGCCACCACCUACUCUCUGGACUGAGCGCACUGCGGCGCCUCAUUCUGGGGGGUCACCUGCAGAAAAGCCUCAGACGCCACCGAGCACCCGGUCUGAACCGGUUCAAAGCGCGAGCUCGCAGUCGCCUGUCGAGCCUCCGCCGCAGCGAAUCCCCUCAUGGCUCCUGUCGUCGCGCGCGUAGCGCGUCCCCGCAGACAAUCGCGCGCUCUUUAGCAGGCGCUCAUUGGCCAAGAUCCUAGUAACCAGAGCGCGUGCUGGAAAGAAAACCGCAGGGUCGAAGUCAAUGAGCAUCAAUCCAGCACUGGCGUCUGUGGAAAGCUCAUUUGCUAUAUAGUGAAACUGCAGAGAGAGACACGCGCGGCCCCGGUGCUGAAGGUUUCAUUCAUUUUUUUUUAGUAUUAUCUUUGGAAAGAGCCCCCGUGUGCAGCCUGCCUUCUUGGAGCUGCGUGUCCAUGGAAAGUCUGCUUUCCGGAUGAAUUCCUAGGCGACUAAUUCCACCCUGCGGUGGGGCAGCAAGUUUAAAGCUGCGGGGAAAGCCACCCGUCCGGACCUGCGUCACGACCAAGGCUCGAGACCAAGCGGGAUCCCGGCGCUCUCGCGUGGCUCUGCCACCCCCGACUCUCAUUGUUCGGUGCCCGAUCCCGGAUCCCGCGCUCUCCGCCUUUCUCUCGCCUUUCUGCUGACACUGGCAAGCAGUAAAGGACACUGAGCCGCCAGCGACCAUGUGCUCCCGGGUGUGGUUUGUCACCGACCGGCGCAUCAGUGAGGAUUACCCCCAAGUGCAGAUCGUGCGGGCACUGAGGCAGCGCUGCUUGGAAGACGAUGUAGACUUCAGGGCGGUGCGCAUGGACCAGAUCGUCCUCACCAUCACCGACGGCCAGUUGGGUUUGCGAGUCGACCAGGAAGUGGUGACUUCAUACCCACAGGUGGUGGUCAUGCGUGUACCCACCCCAUGGGUUCAGUCAGACAGUGACAUCACAGUCUUACGCCACUUUGAGAAAAUGGGCUGCCGACUAGUCAAUCGCUCUCAGGCUAUUCUCAAUUGUGUUAACAAGUUCUGGACCUUUCAGGAGUUGGCUGGCCAUGGUGUGCCCCUGCCGGACACAUUUUCUUAUGGAGGUCACGAAGACUUUGCCAAGAUGAUUGAUGAAGCAGAGCCUCUUGGAUAUCCUGUUGUCGUGAAAAACACUCGGGGUCACAGGGGCAAGGCUGUGUUCCUGGCUCGUGAUAAGCACCACCUUUCUGAUAUCUCCCACCUGAUUCGCCAUGAGGCCCCCUACCUGUUCCAGAAGUAUGUGAAGGAGUCACAUGGGAAGGACAUUCGCGUGGUGGUGGUGGGUGGCCGGGUCAUUGGCUCCAUGCUGCGCUGCUCAACAGAUGGCAGAAUGCAGAGCAACUGCUCUCUAGGUGGCAUUGGGGUGAUGUGCCCUCUAAGUGAGCAAGGCAAGCAGCUGGCAGUGCAGGUGUCCAACAUCCUUGGCAUGGACGUGUGCGGCAUCGACUUGCUGAUGAUGGAGGACGGUUCUUUUGUUGUGUGCGAGGCCAACGCUAAUGUGGGCUUCACUGCCUUUGACCAAGCCUGUGGCCUCGAUGUGGGCGGCAUCAUCGCCGACUUUGCCCUGUCACUCCUGCCGAGCCGGCUCACCCGGAAGAUGUCUUUGUUGUCUGUAGUGUCAAGUGCCAGUGAAACCAGCAGUGAGCCCGAGGUGUGCCCGCCAGCUAGUGCCAUCCCAGAGACUGUUUACACAAUGAGUGUGGGCUCUACAUCAAGCGAGAGCGAUCCCGAGCUGGCUGAGCUCCGUGAAAGCAGUGGAAGCGGGGGCAGCACCGUAAUGCCCCGCUCUCUCCUUCACCCUCCACUGUCUGACGCCACCUAUAACAUGAACAGCAUCAUAGCCAGCGAGAUAAAACUAUUGACUGAGUGAGACUCUCGCAAUUGGCAGGCUGCUUCCCUGGUUUAAAGCUGUGGAUAAAAAGGUUUGGGGGCGGGUGGGCAUGUGUAGAGCGAGCUUCCAUUCAUCUCGUACCAAGUCCCUCAGCCGCCGUGUGCUGGGACCCUCCCAUAGACCAGCUGGUGGCCGGCAGCCUGACUAAGUCAAGUCAAUCAUGUCGCUCUGUACAGACUUUGCUUGGCAUUAUGCUCCUGGUUAUUUUACUUCUUCAUUACUUCACCAAGAACAUGGGUAACUGUGAGGCAGAGGGGGGUGCAGCUUUAUAACCAAACGAGAUCGAGGGGAUGCUUUUGUAUUAGCACGUCAGCUAUAGGGUGCACUGCUGUUCCAGCACACAAAAUAGGUGGGCACACUGCUGAACCAGCAUGCAAAUUGGAGGUUAUGUUGCCAUAUCAGCAUGUGAAAGUCAGGAAGUAUUGCUGUGCCAGUUUGUGACGCUGACAGCAUGCUGCCAUACUAACAGAGAAGUCCGUGGAUGCGCUGCUUCGCCAUCAGGUUAAGGCAGGGGUCUCACUACAAGCAUGUGAAGCACACUGCAAUACCAGCACGUGGGGUCAGAAGACCAGAAAGUAAAAGUGAGCAUGCAUUACUGUACCAGCAUGUCGGGUAGGGGGGCACACAGCUAUGCAGACAGAAGCAACAGUUAACGCAGAGGGCACUUCUAUGCAAGCAUGUUUUUAAUGGUUGUGAUACCAGUAAGUGGGUGCACUUUUGUGCUUGUAUGUAUGGUGGCGGGCAAAACUUGAGGUACAGGUUACUCAUCUAUACCAGCAAGUGAGGUAGAAGAUGCACCGUGUCAUUUACUAUCAAUACAAGCAAAUAUGGACGGCCUAGUGUACCCUGUGAUGCACUGGUACCCUGUCCAGAUUGUUCCUGCCUUGUGCCUGAUGCUUCUGGGAUAGAUGCCAGCUACCCUAGAUAAGCGGGUUAGGAAAAUGGAUGAAUAGAUGGUAUGGCACUGUAUUAACAAGCAAGACAGCUAGUGUACUGAUACGCCAGUGCAAUGGCAGAUUAGGUCCGGCUAAACAAAAUGAUGAUGAGGGUCUGUUACUAUACCAGCACAGAAAGAAGAGGGCAUGGUCGGCAGUGGGUGCUCAGCAGAAUUAGCGUGCACACUGCUAUAACAUUAAUAGCGUGCUGUCUCUCAGACCUGUGAUGCCAAGAGUGCACUACAGUAGGCGUUGAGCUUUCACUGCUGGACACCUUUACAUUCAUCAGUGUGACUUUACCACAUGGAGGCAGGGUGGUGUGCCCUCAGAGAAGCCCACUCCCCCAGUGAUUCCAGAGCUCCUAACAUGCAACAGAUACUGUAGCAAGACCUUGAACACUUAAAAAAAUCUCAACAUUAAUUUGGAUCCAUUAGGUGGGCUGUUCUCAUCCAAAGUGUGAUUAUAUAAAAAUUCACUAAUCUAAAGAGUUCUUGCUGGAUAUGUGUGUGCCAUCUACCUUGAUAUGUGCCCUGGUACAGUUCUCAGGUCUUGCACCCACUGUAUUAUCCAAUGAUCCUGCCAUAUGGAGCGACACUCGGAGUGUGAUCAAUCUAGUCUUGAAAAUAGGCUGCGUGCUGGUGCAGCGAGGGUUCUUCAAGGCUCCGAACACCAUUCCUUUGAGGAGUAUCCCAGUUUGCCAACGUCUCCCAAGGUAUUCGUUUUUUUUGGUGCACACCUCACACAUGGGCAGGUUAGGUUCAUUUCUAUCUAUAAACGUUUGCUUGCUGUGCCCCAUGGCCAACUAACAUGCCAUCCAUUGUUAGUUCCUGUGCCAGGAAUAGUCUCCUUGUUCCAAGUAUUGGUUCAGAAAGAUAAACGAAUGAACAUAUGAAAGCCCACCAGAACACAGCCGGGAUGGUGUCAUCUUUUCCACAUGCCGUGGGCACGUUUGAGUUCACCUGAACUUUGCCUCAGUGUUGCAGAAAUGCAUUUAGCAAGUGGCAAGCUUCUGUUCCCCGACUUGCUGCGUCACACCACAGGAAGGGGUCGGGGCUGAAUUGGUGAAUUAAUGAACAAAGCGUGGUGCUUUCUAUUUUAAAUGAAUGAGCAGGCAGGAGCGACUCUUGAGGCUCUGAGGAUGUCAGUGUUGUUGGCUUCUGGUCUGAUGUGAGCGGCUACUGUAUUAUGCAAACCCCUAAGGUGAGUGUGUGUGAGGGUGGGGGGUGUAGCGCCCAGGCCCACUUUGUAUUUCACAUAACUGGGGUGGGCAUCAAUGAAUUGCACUCAAAGCCCAAAUCUAAAAAUGCCAUUAAAGUCUCAUUUGUGAGUUUAGUUGGGGUGCACCUUGGGCUCCCAGCACUUGCUCUACCUCAGACAGGAACUCGCCUCUCAUAGCACAGGUACCUGGGGGGAAAGGGGGAGAGGUGGUGACACGUACAGAUACAGCAAACCUUCCCACCCCAACACAUUUCUAAAGCCCCUUGAUGGGGGGGGGGUUACCUCUUUUUUUUUUUUAACAUUAAGGAAGGUUGGAAUGGGAAUGGUUUGGUGUAGGUGGACCAUUUUUAUCCAAGCUAUUUAAUUUAAAAAAAAAAAAAAACAAACCUCUAAGCAUGAUGGCACUUAAUUAAAAGAAACUCUAAAGAAAGUAGCUGCAGUUUCUCAGAUUGGACUCACUGUGACUGCUAUGGCACCGGAUUAAUGCGAUACUGCUGCUAAACUGUAGGGAGAGGGAGAGGCGAUGCGACGGCUUAUUUUAUCACUGCACUCCAGUGGAAUUGGGAAAGCGUUCAGGGAAGCAGACCUCUCAAUAUCUCCCAGGCAUGACUAAUAUAUUAUUCAUAUGUAGCUAGAAUCAAAACCUCCUGGUGUAACUCAAAUGAAGACUACAAUGUGAGGAUCUUGA